AAGUACGUAAACCAGCAUAUGACACCAGAACAAAACAUUUCUCUGUUUAGACAAAUGCUCCAGAUAGACUAAGUUUUUUGCGAAUUUUUGUUUACUCGACCCUAUUAUACUUGAAUGUUCAGAUUAAGUGACGUGCUAGGUUCUCACGCUGUACAGGCAAAGACCAGACCACAUGGAGCCAGAUCAGAGUUUGCUCAGCCCAUUGUUGGGCCCACCAGAGGAGUGAAUAGUCACAAUGAAGUACUCCUGUGUCCUGCUCCUUUUGGCCACCGUUGCCUGUUUCCUGGUGAGCCUGACCAGUGCAAGUACCACGACCACCACCACGACAGAUGCCACUACCACGACCACCACGACCACUGCCUCGUCUUCGGACACCACUACCACGACAGCUUCGUCCUCGGACACCACCACUACCACGGAAUCAUCCUCUUCCAAGAAGAAGAAGCGCGUGAUCCACAGCAAGCGCAGGACGCGCAGACCCAAGAAGAUCAGGAAGAUCAAGCGCAACGGCGGCAGGAGGAACAAGAACAAGAGGCGCAGCAGUUAAACUGCUAGAGAAAACCUACCUGAUCACCUGACCCAGCCCCCUUCCCGAAAUUCCCAAUUCCCUAUUC